AGAGGAAAAAUCAUUUCUCAGAUGAACUGCAUAUUCUGCACAUGCAAAAAUGAAUGGAAACUCUGAAACAUCCCAGAAUAAAAGAUAUAGGUUAAAGAAAAGUUGGGAUCCUUUCCUUGUAACACCAGUGUGCGAGGAAGAAGAGAAGACUGGGCGAUGUGUUCUUAUCUUCAGCAUGGUCGUCUGGGCCUUGGCUGGACUUCUCGUUCUCGCAUCGGGAUUUUUUAGUAAAGUAUCUCUCUUGUUUGUGGUGGCCAUGACAAAUGAAGACUCACUGAAUCUUUCAAACAAACCAUUUGGCACCCUUAUUAUUGGUAUUAUGCUGGUGAUACCAAGCAUUCUCACGUUUAUAAAGAGCAUGUGGAAGUUGAUCUUCACACAUUCCCCCAGUCCCCAUAAAUGUGAUGUGUUUACGGUUUGCAUUAUUGAAGCCCUUGUUGCACUUGGAUCUGCAAUGCUCGUUGUGGUGGCCAUGCCUCAUUUCAACAUUAUCAGCAAUCUCAUGAUACUGAGCAGUGUUUACACAAUACCCUCGGCAGUGCAAAUUAUUAAUCGGGCUAGAUCUCCAAAUUGGAAAAUGUCAAUUCCGAUAAUUUCUCUUGUUUUACUCAUAAUCGGCCAUAUAUUGUUCUGCAUGGGGUACCUUUUGGAGACAGGUUACAGUUUACAAAUAUACGUCAGCAUUGCCAUAGUGGCAACCAUUUUAGUGUCAUUAACCUGGUUUGAAAAUUUACUUCUCCUUCUUCAAAAAACAACAUUUCAUCAUGUAGAACCAGAACAUGAUACAAGAAAUGUCCUUUACAUAUGCAGUAGUGUUGUUAGAAUUGCAGUGACAGCAGCUGUAGUAGGAAGUUGUGUUCCUCUGUCACGGCAUGACUGGACUCAGCUAAAGUCCAUUGCUCCUAAAGAUCUGCAGUUGUUGCUGAUCCUGCUAGCUAUACAGGCUGUGACUUCUGCAACCUGCCACUGGUUUGGGGUUAUUGCAUGCAAAAUGCAUUAUGUUAAACGAGGUUUUGCUGGGCCUUUAAUUAUGACCACACCUGCAGUUUGCAUUGCCUUGUUUAUUGUUUUUAUAGAUCAGUAUAGGGUAGCUGCAGAGAACUUUGGAAACUCAGGGGAUUUUAACAUAACCAUUUUUUGUCAGAAUCUCAAACUUAGCGACAAGAACAGUAUGGUCCAAAAUCUACUUUUGGAGGUUGGCCAGAGUAUGUGUAAAACAUUAAUGGAAUUAAACACCCCAAAUAUUGUUAUGUUAUUCAUAUCUGGGAUAGCCUGGUACUUGGGGUUUGUCCUGUGCACAUUGUAUGUUUGGAAAUUGAAGGUGCAGCGGAUAGAAAGAACAACCCAGCUGUUUGUUCGGCGCCUUUACGAAGCUGCUUAUAUUGAUCAGUCAAUGCUGCUAAAUACACGAUAUAAGUUAGAGAGUAAAGAAAAGUUCGAGAGUAAAGAAAAUCAAAGUUCAGCUGACAAGGUCAUGGUGUAUUUAUGUGCUACAAUGUGGCAUGAGACCUUCGAUGAAAUGCUAAAAAUUCUCACGUCGCUAUUCAGAUUAGACAAAUACAAAUCAAAUAAGAAGGAUACUCUGAACUUGGAAGCACAUAUUUUUUUUGAUGAUGCGUUUACUGAGGAUAUAGACACCCAAACUGGCAAAAAGAAAAGACAUGUCAACGUGUAUGUGGAAUAUUUAAUCUCUGCAUUUGAAGAAGUCCACAGGGUUUUUGCAUGCAACAGGACAGACGUGUUUUCAGGAAAUAAUAUCUCUGGCUGCACACAGCAAAAGAUUAUGAUGACUCCUUAUGGUGGAAGACUUUGCUACAUCCUUCCACAUGGGAAUCUCCUUUAUGUACAUCUGAAGGAUAAACAAAGAAUUCGGCAUAAGAAGAGAUGGUCUCAGAUUAUGUACAUGUUCUAUCUACUGGGAUGGAAACUAUAUCGUAAAUAUGAUAAUUUAGCUGAGAAAGCCCUGAACCCCAUUGAGAAAGAGCAAGUCUAUAAGGAACUCGAGAAAGAGAAACAUAAUACUUAUGUAUUAGCUCUGGAUGGAGACACUGAUUUUCAACCAUCAUCCUUACUGUUACUUGUGGAUCGUCUUAAAAGGUAUCCUGGUGUUGGAGCUGCCUGUGGAAGAAUACAUCCAACUGGAAUGGGACCUAUGGUUUGGUACCAGAAAUUUGAGUACGCUGUUGGACACUGGCUUCAAAAGUCCUCAGAACAUGUCUUUGGUUGUGUCCUUUGUAGUCCAGGAUGCUUUAGUUUAUUCAGAGCAUCUGCAUUAAUGGAUGAUAAUGUACUAAAAAAGUACAGUACAAAAGCCGCAGAAGCUGCACAUUAUGUUCAAUAUGACCAAGGAGAGGAUCGAUGGCUCUGUACAUUGCUCUUACAGCAAGGCUGGCGUGUGGAAUAUAAUGCUGCGUCAGAUGCUUACACAAAUGCUCCACAAGAGUUUGUGGAAUUCUACAAUCAACGAAGAAGAUGGGGACCCUCUACCAUGGCAAAUACCUUGGACCUACUACAUACUGGAGUGCAAACAGCCAAGAAAAAUCCAUCUCUCUCACUCCUGUAUAUCCUGUACCAGACAUUAUUUAUGGGAGCAUCAAUAUUAAGUCCUGCAACAGUUUGUUUGAUGAUUGCAGGGGCAUUCUCUUUUGUCUUUGGACUUGGUACAAACUUAAGUUUAUUUUUAGCAGUUUUGCCACCGGCUAUAUAUAUUUUAAUUUGUUUUGUGACGAAGCCCAAUACACAAAUAACAGUUGCUGCAUUUCUCAGUGUUGGAUAUGCAUUCUUAAUGACAGCUACUUUCCUAAGCAUUAUAGGUGGAAUAGUCGAAAACAAUACAAUCCUGACACCCACAGGCAUAUUCCUUGUAUCCAUGGGCCUAAUAUACAUCAUCACAGCUUUGCUGCAUCCAAAAGAAUUCUCCCUGCUCAUCUAUGGGCUUCUCUAUAUUAUUUGUGUUCCUAGCGGCUACCUUUUGUUAACGAUAUACUCUCUCGUUAACAUGCACAUAGUGUCUUGGGGUACAAGAGAGUCAGCAGCCCCAAAAACUGAAAAGAAAGAAGACAAUAAAAAGGUUAAAUAUCAAAAGACAUGUAAUUGCUUUUGUUGCGUUGUUGAAGUACAAGUCCAUGAGAAGAAGAGUACAGAUUCUGAAAAGACAGAGAAUAAAGAAAGUGAUGAUUCGUCACUGAUGGCUGCACAAAGUCAAGAAAAUAAAAGUUUGAUGACAAAGCAAGAAGAGUUUGUCUAUGAAGAAGGUUGGAUUACACAACUGCAGGAGAAAUCAAGCUACAAUGUGCUGCAAAAAGAGGACCUACCAGAGGAGGAAAUUCCGUUUUGGGAAGAUGUUAUAAAAAGUUACUUGGAGCCACUCAAGGAAGACAAACACAAACAGGAUGAAAUCGAGAGAGACCUAAAAUCAUUGAGAAGCAAAGUUACAUUUGUUUUCUUCAUGAUUAAUUUGCUGUGGAUUGUUGCAACAUUCUUCCUUCAGCUCAUUGGAUCCACUGUCAGCAUUCAUUACCCAAAAGUUUAUUACAAUGGGACUGUUUCAACCACUGAAUUCUUCAUGGUGGAACCAGUUGGAUUAAUGUUUUUGCUGUCAUUUGCCAUGUUGCUUAUACUACAGUUUCUGGGACUUAUAUACCACAGGAUCUACACCCUGAUUCACUUCAUUGCCUACACAGAAACAGAAAAGCAUGUAAAACACAAGAUACAAGACCCUGCAGGACAAGAUGAAAUUAAAACCAUGGAAACAGACUUAAACGUUUAUGAAAACCCUGGUGCAAUAAAAGAAUUCGUAUAGCGUAUAUAUAGCGUAUCAUAGCUGUAGAGCUGAAUUUUUGGAUUAAAGGAAAACAUGAUAUAUGUACCUCAUAUAAACUUUAUGUGUUUGAAAGGGAAAAGGGUUAUUUAGGAAAAUAGAUUUCUGAUAUUUUAGGACAAUGUUCUUUUGUUUUUACGGUGGCCUUACAACAAUGGGUUAAGAACCAGUUUUUAUGAGGGGAACUCUAACCGCUCCCACAAAAAAAUUGUCUUCUUCUAAUAUAAACAAUAUAUUUCAAAACAUCAUAUAUAGCUAAUGUUUUCCUUAACAUACACAGUGUAUUUUGUAUCAAAAAUAUGUAUUAUUUAAAAUAAAAAUGGGUUUACUAAAAUAUGACUUGCUCAGGUAUAGAUAUAAUAUGGGGAGUGUACAAUUAAACUGAGUGCACUAUUAAACUAUCUUGGUAGCUUUUUGUUUACUGAUCUGUUUUGUUUAGUUUAGUCAGGAAAAAAAUAAACAUUAAGGAAAAAAUGGAAAGUUGUGCAAUAGUAUUCAAUUAUUUGUAUUUAAACUUUGGAGUGAAUUACUUUAUGAGAAAUCGGUCAAUUUAAUGGUGUUCUGCUGUGUAUUCUCUUGUUAUUAACUAUUUUGCCAUACACUGGGUUAUUUAUUUAGAGUAAUAGAGUAAUAGUAGUAGAGUUUAAUAAAUUUGUAACAUUC